UAUCAGUUAAAGAAGGGCAUGAAUAUAUCACCUCAGAAAUACUUGAAAAUCAAAAACAAUAUCAUUCGAUACUCCUGUAUUGUCCCACAAUGAGAAAUAUUAGAUUAAUAUGAAAAACAGUCUGUUAAACUGUAAAUAAAACUGCUAUUAUGACCAUUAUAGUUUUAAUUUCCCCACAUAUCGGAAACAUGUGGCCCGUUUCUGUAACUGCUAAAACUCCAGGAAUAUCAACAUACAGACCAGUAACAUUUUUAUAGAGGCGUGUACUGGUUUUAUAUGAGAUAUGAACUUACUACAAUGUUUGGAUGAGACCAACAUUUUUGCUUCUAUGACUAACGUUGUUUACAGCAACAGCAUAGUAGGUGGCAGCGGCAGAACAUUUCAAACAUGUUUGCAUGCUGUGCAUUUAUUAAAAUAAUCACAUUUAGUGAGUCACAGUUUUAAUAUAAAACUUGGUUUUACACAAAACUGUUUUUCUUUUGUCGAACGAGAUUUGUUUUCACCAAGGCGCCGGUGGGUGGCAGUGUCGUGCAGAACACAUUUCCAGCGAAAAAGAGUUGAGCAGAAAAAAAGGAGAACAAACGUGUUAGAGUUUGGUUUUUUUUUUUACGUUGGAUGUGGAUUUUCUCAUGAGCACCGGGAUUAAUCCACGGCGGUGACCGUCGUCUGAUCACAGAGAAUGGCUUUUCGAAACGGCCCGAUGUUCAAUGAUGACUUUGGCUUCCAAGGAGGCAGAUAUGACAACGGCUUCCCAUCCAGAGAGGUGACGGUCCAGCGAGUCGUCAACAUCGUGAACAAUCGGAACCCUGGUCGGCCACAAGGCUUCAACUUUCACGACGACGACCAGUGGUGCAACAACGGACCCCAGCGCUACAGGAACUCCCCGGACUACUACUGGGACAAUGACUUCCAGGACUUUAGAGGUUUCCACGGAGACGACGGAUCCUACAUAGAACCUCAGUAUUCUCACGAUGACCUCAGGCAUCACCUCUCCUCCAGGGGCCGAUCAGGACCGUACUUCCGUAAGCGAGGGGGCUUUAAUGGCAACUUUUCAAGUAGAGAAGAUAUUGAAGCCUUCAGAGCAUCGUCCGGGAAAAUGAUGAAAAGUCGACCUCGUGAAAAGAAGCGAGAGAAACAGUACCCUGAGAGGCCAGCCGUGCCGGAGAGUCAGCCUAAAAAGACGGGCCCGAAGACGCCCAGCGCAGCAGGCGCAGCUGCCCCCGAGCCGGGCUGCAAGGAUAAGAAGUGUGUCCCGGUGCAGGCGGCAGCCUCCAGCAGCUCGACCCAGGAGACAGCGCCCGCCGCGGUGCCCAGGUCCAGUCCCAGUCCAGCUAAAGACUCAGCUGUGGGACCAGUCCCCACCACCAGCGCAGACGUGAGGGAGCCAACGCCGGAACUGAACUGCGAGCCCGGCGCCGCCGCCGCCAAGGACACCACAGUGGUGCCGAGUCUCACCUUCAGGAGAACUGUAGAGGAACCCCAGAGCUCCAAACCCGCAGAGGAAGUGCCGUCAGCGCCUCCAAAGACGGAGGGAGAACCAGAGCCGACCCCGGACGAGGACUUCAAAGCCCGGCGCGCUGAGGCCAUCAGAACCAAAGCUCUGGAAAUAGAGAAGGUCUACAGGCAGGACUGCGAGACCUUCUGCUCGGUGGUGAAGCUGCUGGUGGACAAGGAACCGAGUCUGGAGACGCUUCUUCAGGCGCCGCUGGACAAGAACCUGCAGGAGAUCAAACAGCAGUGCCUGGAGGAGCUGCGGCAGUUUGUGAAGGAGCUGGAUGAGCAGUGUGGGUCAGCGUGAAGGUGACCGCAGUCUCACCACCAGGUAUUCGGACCAAAAGUCUCUCCGCCGGUCGUCUGGUUUUAUCGUGUGGCAAUGUGUUCGGUGGAGAUCACCUGGUUCCUUGUGGACCUGUGACCACAGGCUGAGAGGUGUCGGUGUUCCUCAGCUCCUCGACUUUAAACAGUGUUCUGUUUCAUUGCUCAUAGUUUUACCUUGUCUGAUGUGAAAACAUCGAUGUGUUGAAACCAAAACUAAGGAAGUGGUCAAUAUGGUCCUGUGACUUAGUUAUCUUGGCAGAAUAAAGUCAAUAAAGUCUAUCACAUUUGUUCUA